CAGCCAAAAACACUCUCACUCUCACCCUCACACCCCCAAUAAAACAAGGGGAAGACGAACAAGAAAAACACACAACCACCAUGGGCCAGAACCUCUCAGACCUCAAAGUCGUGGACACGUCCAAGGACGUCCUCUCGCCAACAGACCGGAAUGCCGACAUCAUCCUGGGCGUCAUCUGGGCCAGCGCCUUCUACUCGUGCGCCAUGAUUUUCUGCGCCUGCACCCUCCUCAACCGGUGGAGCGGACCGAAGGGCGACCGCAGCGUGAACAUAUGCUCCGUGUUCGGAGCCUUUGUGUUAUCCAUAGCGUGGCCCGUCGUCCUCAUACUGGUGAGGACGUGACGACAGCUACGGACUGGGUAUAUUUUGGAUCCAUUCGAAGCUGGGGAGGAGAAGGGGGAGGCGGAGUUGGAGGACACGGGUCGUGUCGGCGCCGCGUUGGUGAUUCUUAACCUCGCUGUUGGGCGGCCGGACGACUGGUCGGAUGGUCAUGGCGGAUCAGUUUUACCGCAGGGGCGUGGCUGCGGGUCUCAAGGGAGAGGCCAAGCCGCCGUUGCAUUUCUCUUCAUUUUUUCACGGGGUGGUCGCCGGGUUGUUGGACGAGCUGGACGAGCUGCACCGGCCACUGUCGCCUUGUCACCUGGUCGGCGGU